UAGCUCUCUGCCUCUCUGCUUCGUUUGCUGGUGUUGAUCUGUUGUGCGCGUGUGGACGUGGUCGCGUCGCUUGUGCGAUUUCUAAUCUCGCGUGAAUGGUGACGCCUCGGGUGAUGUCAGGUUCUCUUCCAAUCUUAAAGUUGAGUUGAAAAGGAUGCGCUUGGAGUUGGAGGUGGGCAAGCAAGGCGAUUGGAAGGCUCAGGUGAGGCUACGCCUUGGAUCGGUCAACGAAUUCGGCGGUACCGGCCCGUGCGAAUCACCGUCCAAUCGAAUUGCCGGCCGGAGUUUGAUUGGCUGGACUUGGCCUUCACUUCGAGUUGGCGCCUCGUCGAAGUUUCCCAUCGCAAUCGGGCUGUAAAGAUCGGGUCUUUGGCUUUCGUUUUCCCUUUUCUUUGGUAAAGUCGGGAUUUUUGAGCGUUUUUCACCUGGAUUCUGUUGUUUAGUCUAGUUUAUUAUAUCACGCUAGACUUGAGGGUGUUCAAUCUGGAAAGCAAGUUAUAGGGUGCAUAAGAUAUCGAUGUGGUGCCUCUGGGGGGUAUUACAAAAAAGGAUCUGAUUCAGGGAAGAUUUCAUCCUUCAGUAAAUUGUACAGUUGGUCGAAUUGUCUGCAUGGGUUCCAGGAGUGGAGAGAAAGAGGAGGGCUUCUCGGAGUCAAAUGAUGCUGGAAAACAGUCAAAAUUGAAGGCGUCUGACAGCUUUGGGACCAAUGAUAUGUUCUUCAGAGCAGACAAGAUUGAUUUGAAGAGCUUGGAUAUCCAGUUAGAGAAGCAACUCAACAGGGCAUGGACAAAAGGGAAAGGCGGUUCCAAAAGGCCCAAGGAGGAAUGGGAAAUCGAUUUGUCGAAGCUGGAAAUCCGCUAUGUCAUAGCUCAAGGAACAUAUGGAACUGUCUAUCGAGGAUCUUAUGAUGGACAGGAUGUUGCAGUGAAAGUGUUGGACUGGGGUGAAGAUGGUAUGGCCACAGAAGCUGAAACUGCUUCUCUUAGGGCAUCAUUUCAGCAGGAAGUUGCUGUUUGGCAUAAACUUGACCAUCCAAAUGUUACAAAGUUUGUUGGAGCAUCAAUGGGAACAACUGAUCUUAAGAUUCCAACAAAGAAUUCCUCAAGCAGCGAAAGCAUUUCACAUCCUGCUCGAGCAUGUUGUGUUGUUGUUGAGUAUCUUCCAGGAGGAACACUGAAACAAUAUUUAUUCAAGAAUAGGAGAAGAAAACUUCCCUAUGAGAUUGUGGUUCAGGUUGCAUUAGAUCUGUCUAGAGGAUUAAGCUAUUUACACUCGAAGAAAAUUGUACAUCGAGAUGUCAAAACUGAGAACAUGCUUCUGGAUGCCGAAAGAAAUCUUAAAAUUGCUGAUUUUGGUGUUGCUCGGGUUGAGGCUCAGAACCCAAAGGACAUGACUGGCGAAACGGGUACCCUUGGCUACAUGGCUCCAGAGGUUCUGGAUGGUAAGCCUUACAACCGGAAGUGUGAUGUGUACAGUUUUGGUAUUUGUUUAUGGGAGAUUUAUUGCUGUGACAUGCCAUAUCCCGAUCUCAGCUUUGCUGAAGUCUCAUCAGCUGUUGUUCGAGAGAAUCUACGACCAAAUGUUCCUCGGUGUUGUCCAAGCGCAAUGGCGAGCAUCAUGCGCAAGUGUUGGGAUGCAAAUCCGGAGAAAAGGCCUGAUAUGGAUGACGUUGUGCGGCUUUUAGAGGCACUGGACACAAGCAGAGGAGGCGGUAUGAUCCCUGACGACCAAGUAAAUGGUUGUUUCUGCUUCAGACCUAAACGUGGCCCAUAGGCACUUUCCUCUCGAUCUCCUUGCAAAGACCUUUCUUCUUAGCAUUCAGUAAACAACUCAAGGAUGUCAUAACUCCACAUUCGUGCUUUGGGGAGUUCUGCUGUGUUCUUUGGAUGCUUCAAUCUCUGGUUACGAAAAGUCUCCAUUGAUCAGUCUUUUGUUUCUGUUUUUUGCUGUGUUUUUUAUUUGUAGUUGGUUGUUGAAUAAAAGAUAACAACAUGAGCUGUGACAUUCGCCAAACAAAUAAUUCUGCAGUUCUGUUGCUAUUCAGCACCAUUAAUAUUCAAUAUUGUCACUCUUUUUUUCUCAAGAUAACAGCACCUUGAUGAUC